AUGGUCCAAUUCUACCCCGAAAUCCCAGACUUCCUCAUCCCCUGGAUCCAAUCCCAAAAAAUGUUCUGGGUCGCCACCGCCCCCCUCUCCCCAACCGGCCACAUCAACGUCUCGCCAAAAGGGUACGAAGGGACGUUCAACAUUGUGGAUAGGAAGACGGUGUGGUAUGAGGAUCUUAGUGGCAGUGGUGUAGAAACUAUUGCGCACGUACGUGAAAAUGGACGUAUAACGAUUAUGUUUUGUGCUUUUGAGGGGCCGCCUAGGAUUACGAGGCUUUUUGGACGAGGAACCGUACACGAAUUCGGCACACCCGAAUACGAAUCCAUUAUAUCCGUCGAUAAAAGACAACCAGGCUCGCGUUCUGUAAUUAUGCUGGACGUGUAUAAAGUCAGCUCCUCAUGCGGCUACGCAGUCCCGCUAUACACAUUCAAAGCGCACAGGCUAAAGCUGAAAGAAUCCUUCGCUCGGAAAGAGGACGAGGACAUAUCCGCUUCAGCUCAUGGUGAACCCCCGCUUCCGGAAAAGGGGUUAAAGUAUUAUUGGAAACUGAAGAAUACGCAGAGUUUGGACGGGUUACCUGGUGUAUUGGUCGCGCCUGAUUCGACGAGGCCGUUUGAGAAGCGGGAGGGGCAUGUCAUUCAGAGUGAUGAGGAGAUUGUUUGUAUUAGUGGGACUACCAAGGGCUGGGGAUUGACAUUGAAAUCACUGGCCAUUGGAGAGGGGACGAAGCGCCUGGAAGCGCUCGGUGUCAAACGUCAUUGA